AUGGCAACCCAAAAACGACAAGCAUGCACGACCGCAGAAAGAAGAAAAAAGUUAGCGAUUUUUGCCACAUUAUGCGCUGUAGCUGUUCUUGUCAUCAUUUUAGUGGUUGUCCUUCUGACAGUGUUAAAAUCUGAAAAUGAUGAAGAAGAGGAACAUACAUUUGGUAGGUAGUGCGCGCGAUCGCUGGUACAAAACCUGCGCUGUUGUCACUAGAAGGUUACGUUACUAACGUAUUUUUGUAACGAGCCUGUCUAAACUGCGUUGUUGAUUAAUAUAAGAUUAAAACCUUUCAUAUAUAUAUGCUUGUGACAAACAUGAAAGUGUUCUACAGUAUAAGCAAAUGAGCCGGAACAUCGUUCUUUUGUGAACGUGAUCGACCUCAGAUGCAAACGACGCUGCAAGCCGUGCAUAAAUAAGAAAAAGAGAAAGCAGCCUUCAAGCAUGUAUUGUUGCUAUACGUGUAUAAAGUGGGUAGUUGUAGUUCGACAGACCAAAUCUGAACACAGAUCUCUUAUAUUCCAGUUACUGGUCAUGAUAAGUAAUAAGUUGAAAAUAUAAAAAAUAUCAUCAAAAUUUCAAGCCACAAUAGUCUUAAUUCAACAAAUUAUUUUAACAAUAAGUAUUUGCCAUAAUUAUAACUAGGAAGGCAGUUAAAGACCCGGGCAAACUAGGAAACACUGUUGCGGAAACAUCUGGAGAUCUUGAUGUUCCCACAAUGUAUCCAUGCAUGUUUACUUGUCAACCCUCGAGAGUAUUGUUGCAGAAAUAAAAUUUCCCUUUUGCGAUUAAAUGAAUUAAAUGCAACAUCGUUUUCUUUCUCAAAUGCAAUUUGUCUCACAAACAUUAUACACCGAUUAGCUUAUGAGGUUAUUUAAUUUAUUCUACUGGAAAUGCUGGUUUAUAUGACAAAUGUUUUCUGGCUAAGUGAACACGGUGUGUUCAUAGUUGUAUGCCUGGUUGUAUAAAACAAUAUGUGAGAUUUUUACACGUACAUUUGUAUUGUUUUAGUUCGCGUGUUUACAAACCUUGGUAGAGUAGGACAUAAAGGGCCUACAGACACAGAUGAAUAUCGCGGGACUGUGCUGGAAAAAGAAGUUGAAGUUGUAGACGGUAUUCAACUCUGGAACGUACCAUUUUCCGGUGUAUGGUACCUAGAGGUCUACGGCGCGUCUGGCGGGGACGGCUUGUAUUCAGGUCACAACGGUCGUCUGGAAGGUGGACUAGGAGCAAAGCUGACUGGAAAGUUGAAGCUUGACAAGGGAACAGUGUUCAAGAUUUUGGUUGGUCAACAAGGUGAAAGAGAUCAUUUAACACACUUCCGUGCUGGCUCUGGUGGUGGUGCCACUUUUGUUGUGUCACGUGAUGAUAAACCAAUCAUGGUUGCUGGUGGCGGCGGUGGAGGUGGUGUUCCCAAGCUUGGUAAGUGGAGACUUUUAUGA